AUGCGUUUCUCCGUCGCUGCUGUUUUCGCCGCUGUGGCCGCUGGUGUCGUCGCCGAGGAAGUGAGCACUGUUAUUGUCACCGAAACCGCCACUUACUGCCCUAAGUCCACUGAUGCUAUCGGUGUUUCUCCCACCGAGUCUAUCAGCAUCCCCGCUGGCUACACCACCACUCGUCCUCUCAUCACCUCCACCGUGACUGAGUGCAACAAGUGCUCCAGCACCGCCCCCCCUGCUGGCACUCCCACUGGCGUCAACCCUGUUGGCAGCUCUACCCCCAGCUCUCCCGUUAUUCCCGUCGUCCCCAGCGUCCCCAGCAGCUCCAAGGCUACUCCUAGCAGCAGCUCCAUCAUCAAGCGCCCCAGCAGCAGCAGCAUCGUCAUCUCCUCCACGCCUCUGGUUCACUCCACCCGGCCUGCUUCCACCAACGCCCCGCCUGCUCCUUCUGCUUCUGCUCCUUCUGCUUCCGGCCCCUCUGAUGUCUCCCCCACCGGCUCUGCUACCACCCCCGCUGUCCCUCUCUUCACGAGCGGUGGCUCGCGCGCAGCUGUUGGCGCCGGUGCCGGUCUGGCGACCGUCUUCGGUCUCGCUGCUGUUCUGCUGUAA